UCUCUCUCUCUGUCAGGUUUCUGAGUUUGAUCCGGUUCAUCUGUGAGCAUCAUGUUGUGUUGUGUUUGUAUCUGAGUUUAUACAACACUGAGUGUCUAAUGGUACGACAUGAACACACACGUUAUGAGUCUUAUCCCCUCACUAGUGGCUCUUCUAAGAUAAGAUCAGAGAUGUUUGUUUGUGGGUGUGACACUGACAGUAUCAGUAUGGUUAACACACACACACACUUCAGUCAGCAUCAACACUGCUGUGUAAGAGUCACACACUUGUGUUAGUGUGAACACAACGCAGAAGAUGCUGAUGUUUAGGGCAGAUGGAGUUAUGGGUGGAGUCAGAGCUUAGGUUAAUUUGUUGGGUGGGGUGGAGCUAAUGAGUUACUUUAAAGGGGACAUAUUAAGAAAAUCGUUUUCCAUGUUUAAGUGCUAUAUUGGGUCCCCAGUGCUUCUAUCAACCGAGAAAAUGUGAUAAAGUUCAACCCAGUAACUUAGUUUUGGUAAACCAUUCUCUGUAAGCAUGUAAAAAAAUAGCUCAUAGAACUUUGGCUCCCCUUAUGAUGUCAGAAGGGGAUCUUAUUAUAAUAAUACCGCCCCUUUAUCUGCACCAACCACAGCACUGACAUUUAGUGAAGAGAGAGAGAGAAAGAAUGAUUGACAGCACAAUUGAGUUUCAAUUUCAUCAAACCAUAAUUAUGGUGAUCAGUGUUUGCAUUUCAUCAGCUCAUUUGCAUUUUUAAGGACACACACAAAACACAGCACUUCUUUGCUCACACCUACAAGGUGUCAAUUUUAAGAUGUUAUAAUAAAUGAUCUGUGGGGUAUUUUGAGCUAAAACUUCACAUACAGACUCUGAGGACACCAAAGAUUUAUUUCACAUCUUUAAAAAGUCUCAUAAUAUGACCUCUUUAAAGAUAAGAGUAUGUUAUACAAUAGAGUUUUAAAUGAGAACUACAUGACUGAUCAAAAUAAAAGAAAAAACUUGAUCAGAUAGAUGAACAGAGAGAGAGAGAUGAUGUUACUGACUGAUCUGUUAACAGAGUUUACGAUAAGAGAGAGAAUCAGGAAAUAACACAGGAAAUAUAAAACACAAGAACUGAAAUGUGAAUCUUCCUCUUUCUUCUGAGUCAAGUACAACGGUCCAAACAUUUGUCUUUCAUCAUCAACAUAAACCGAUAUGCUGGCGUUAAGGGUUGUGCUGUUUCUUCUGUGUGGAUCUCUGAUCUGUUCAGAGAUCAGACAUUUAAAUGAUCAAUGGAUCACCUGGAAAUCACAACACAAUAAGACCUACAGAAACACAAAGGAGGAGGUGUACAGGAGAUCCAUCUGGGAGAAGAAUUUUCAGGAUGUUCUGAAACAUAACGAGGAAGCAGAUGUUGGGCUUCACACAUUCACACUGGGUCUCAAUCAUCUCAGUGAUAUGACAGCAGAUGAAGUCAAUCCUUCGCUCAACGGUUUAAUGGAAGAAGAUUUUUCUGAUAUGAAUUUAACACUGAGCCCUUCGACACCUGCACUUCACCUGAACCUCCCAUCCAGAGUCAACUGGACUGAGCAUGGAGUCGUCAGUCCUGUCCAAAACCAGGGUAUGUGUGGGUCGUGUUGGGCCUUCAGUGCCGUUGGGGCUCUUGAGGGUCAGAUGAAAAGAAAAACUGGAGUUUUGGUUCCGUUGAGUCCUCAGAAUCUUCUGGACUGCAGUGUGAGUUUGGGGAAUCACGGCUGUAAAGGUGGAUACCUGUCUCGUGCUUUUCUCUACAUCAUCCGUAACAAAGGGAUCGACUCCAACAUGUUUUACCCCUAUGAGCACAAGCAAGGUUUGUGUCGAUAUUCAGUGACUGGUCGAGCUGGAUAUUGUUCAGGGUUUCAGAUUAUUCCUCCACACAAUGAAGCAGCCAUUCAGUUUGCUGUGGCUAAUGUUGGACCCGUUUCUGUCGGUAUGAAUGCCAAACUCGCCUCCUUCCACAGAUACAGAAGUGGAAUAUAUAAUGAUCCAAAGUGCAGCUUUGGGUUGAUCAAUCAUGCAGUUCUAAUCGUGGGCUAUGGAUCAGAAAAUGGAAAAGAUUACUGGCUGGUGAAGAACAGUUGGGGGACGAGUUGGGGUGAAAAUGGAUUCUUCCGUAUUGCACGAAAUAAAAACAUGUGUGGAAUAUCCAGCUUUGCUAUUUACCCCAAAAUCUGAACUUCUUUCAUCUGUUCAUUAAACACACUGUAGGAGCCAAAUCUUAAGAAAAUAAGUCUCUGUGUUUUUAGACAAGCACAAAUUCACUUACAAUGUGUAUUUUGUUUAAAAGACUUCAUUUUGCUUAUCAAGAAAAUACAUCUUGAUUUAAGAAUUUUUAAAUAUUUGUACUUAAAACAAGACAAAAAAUACUGAGUAAGAAAGUCAUUUUUUGCAGUGUGGGUGAUUCAAUGAAAUGUUUUAUUUUAAAAUACCUUAAUCAGCAAAUUUCCUUUUUAUUCAUUUAAAACAAGGUUUGAUUUGUUUAAAGGCAGUCGCUAUCUAUUUAGUCGGUAGCUAUUGAAAAGGUAAUGGCACAAGUGUUUGUCAUUUAAGAAUAUGUUGUCCAUUUAUUAUUUUCAAAAGAUUUUAAUUUGAAUCUGUUUAAAUAACAACAUAUAUAGCAGUACGUGUUAUGAGAUUUUCAGCUGAGAAAGUGAUAAAAUACCAAAAUAAUUCAUUAAAAUGAUUCUUUGUGCAAGGUAGAGAACACAAUUAUGUUUGUUAUGAUCAUUGUUGUUUUACCAAAUUAUAUCAUUAAAAUCUGCCAUGACGUUCCAGUGGUGCGUGAGAAUGA